UAUAAUGAAUGUAUUCAGAAUAGUAUCAUAUGUAUCUCAUAGAGCAUAUAGUAGAAAAAAUGUUGGUAUUCGAAGUAAAUUAAAGAUAUUAGAAUCUGCUGGAUCAGAAGUUAACCUCGAAGAAUUGGAUUUUCAUGAUUUAGAUGAAUUUGAAGCAGAGUUUAUGAAUGCUGAUAAGUUUCAUAAAAAUUAUGAGCGGGAAGUGAUAAAAAAUAGAAUCAAACUCAAGAAUCAAAUUGUUGCAACAAAAUAUUUUAAAAAAGACAAGGAUCCUAACUUCCUUACGUCUGUUGAAAAAGAUCAAAUAUUGAAACUCCAUCAAAGUAAUCCAGAAGAAUGGACUGUAGAAAUGUUAAGUAAAAGUUUUCCAGCUUUACCAAAUACUAUUAAAAAAAUUUUAAAGUCAAAUUGGUCUUACAAAUCAGUAGAACGAAUUUUGCAAUAUGAUGCUACUGUUAUUAAUAAUUGGAAACUAUUUCAAACAGGAAAAUUAUCUGUGAGUCCUGUUUUGCGAGAACAUUUAGCAAAAUUUAAAGAUAGAAACAUUGUUUUACCUAACAGACAUCUCUUAGCAGAAAAGUUAAUACCACCAAAAUCUGAACUUCCAAAACCAAAAAGUACUUUUUUUACAAAUAUUGUACAAAGUUAUUCAGAUCAGAAUAGAAGUGAUCAAUGCAAUAAUAAAAUAUUACAAAAUAAUACAGAAGCAAUUACAGAUACAAAUCUUUUAAAUAAUACUAUUAAUAAUAAUACUAUUUCAAAAAAUAUGCUUGACAAAGGAAAUCCUAUGAAAAUAUUGCAUAAAGAUAAUAUAGCAUUAAUUGGAUACAAUUCAGUCUCAUCUAAAAAGAAAAUUACUUUCGAUGAAUUUGCAAAGAAGGAACUUACAAAAAUUUAUGCAAAAUGCCCAGAAGAAGGCAUUACAUUACUAAAUGCUUAUAAAAAUCAGCUUAAAAAACUUGAUAAUACAUUUUCUGAUAUUAAUGACGAUAUUGUACAAUCAGAACAUAUAAAAACAUUAAAAGAAAAAGAAGUAGAAGAAAAAAAAGACUUGAAUUUUUCAACAUCAAUCCAAGAAAAAACACUAACUUCUUUAAAAAAAAGUGAAUCACCUCAACUUGUUCCUACAGACAAAAAUGAUUCCAAGUUAGACACUUAUGUGAAGGCAUGGAACAAAAAAAUAGAAGAACAUGAAGUAUAUUCACGACCAAUACAAAUACCACAAAAUAUAUACCAAAAAGGCAAAACUUACAGAAUUUCUGAUUGCUAUUAUGAUGAUGAUGGAGAGUUUUUGUAUAGAGUACCAGGUGUCAGAAAUUAAUGAUAAUACAAAUAGAUAAAUACGCGCGCGUGCAUGUGUGUGUGUGUGUGUGUGUGUGUGUGUGUAUAUAUAUAUAUGCAUAGUACAUAAUGUGUAUUAAUAAAUACUUGUAUAUUUAUGUAAGAAGAUACAAAUAUACAAUUAAUUACUUAUAAAAACAAAAGUAUUGUACCUUGAUCUAUUAUUUAGGUUCGAAAACGAGCUUGGAAAUCAACUAAUGUAAAUUUUUUAUAAGUAUAUUUUACAUUUAUAGUAAAGUAUUAAUUAUUGGCAAAUGUAUAUAAUAAUAAAAUAUG